GUGAGCAUAUACAUGCCGCUAAGAAAUAUAAACAAUAAUAGGAUAGUGAUGUCCUUUCACAAGCCCCGGCAGUACGCUUGUGUUAAAUAUUGAUUUUGCUCCCUGCGCGCCUCUUGCCUAUUGUCUGUACGCUUGUGUAUGUGAGUGAAAAGGUGUCCAAGAAGCAAUAAUUGUGAUAUCGAUACCGAUAACGAUACAGCACAAUUGCAAACAAACACAAUUUAAGCGCGUUAUCAAAAGCACAAGCACAAUAUCAACUUGUGGCUCAACAGCCGGCGCGUUGUUUUUGUUUUUGUUUUUUGUUUUUCUUUUUUACGUGAUUGUUGGAAGCUUUUCCUCUUUAAAUUUUUUUGUGUGUACGGGAAUUUUAUGUUAUGCUAACCCAACGUUAGGGUAAGCUACGACAAAAUAUAAAAAAUAAAAAAGUUUCGCUGACAACUGGACAGCAAGUUACCUGGGAGCCAUUGUACAAUUUGGUAAGAAGAUAGCUUCUUACCAAUGAUUUCGUUGGUGCAAAUGAAAUUCCAUGCGCUAUUGCUGCUGCUAUCAAAGGUGUGGACAUGUAUUUGCUUCAUGUUCAAUCGCCAAGUGCGCGCUUUUAUCCAGUAUCAGCCAGUUAAAUAUGAACAGUUUCCUCUGUCGCCCGUAUCGCGACAUCGACUCAGUUUGGUGCAGCGCAAGACCUUGGUGCUGGAUUUGGAUGAGACGCUUAUACACUCACACCACAAUGCUAUGCCCCGGAAUACCGUUAAGCCUGGUACGCCCCAUGACUUUACCGUUAAAGUGACCAUCGAGAGGCAUCCUGUGCGGUUUUUUGUGCACAAGCGACCACAUGUCGAUUACUUUUUGGAUGUGGUGUCACAGUGGUACGAUCUAGUUGUAUUCACCGCCAGCAUGGAAAUCUAUGGAGCAGCUGUAGCGGAUAAACUUGACAAUGGUCGCAAUAUACUGCGACGUCGCUUCUAUAGACAACACUGCACGCCCGACUAUGGCUCCUAUACCAAAGACUUGUCAUCCAUAUGCAGUGACUUGAAUAGGAUAUUUAUAAUUGACAAUUCACCUGGCGCAUAUCGAUGUUUUCCAAAUAAUGCAAUACCAAUUAAGAGUUGGUUCUCCGAUCCAAUGGAUACAGCACUUCUUUCCUUGCUUCCAAUGCUCGACGCACUGCGAUUCACCAACGAUGUCCGCUCGGUAUUGUCACGGAAUCUUCAUUUGCAUCGUCUUUGGUAGCAG